GUGAAUUUUUACUUUUAAAUACAAAUAAAAAAGAAGAGAUAACAUGUUCGUUUUCAAUAUAUCUGGUCCCCAAUAUUGACAAAAAAAAACAAACAACAAUAAUUGACAAGUCUCUAUCUUUCAUCUUUAUCUCUUCUCUCAAGAACAUCAAGCUCUGUUCUUCUUCUUCUUCUUGUUCUGACUCUUGGUCUGAUUUCUUACAAGAAACAUAACACAGAAAUGGCGUUCGCAGGAACAACACAGAAAUGCAUGGCCUGUGACAAAACCGUUUAUCUCGUCGACAAGUUAACCGCAGAUAAUCGGGUCUACCACAAAGCAUGUUUCCGUUGUCACCAUUGCAAAGGAACUCUCAAGCUUAGCAACUACAACUCCUUUGAAGGAGUUCUUUAUUGCAGACCACAUUUCGAUCAGAACUUCAAGAGAACGGGAAGUCUUGAGAAAAGCUUUGAAGGGACACCAAAGAUCGGAAAACCGGAUAGGCCUUUGGAGGGAGAGAGACCUGCUGGUACCAAAGUGUCUAAUAUGUUUGGUGGAACACGAGAAAAAUGCGUUGGCUGUGACAAAACCGUGUAUCCAAUUGAGAAGGUGUCGGUGAAUGGGACAUUGUACCACAAGAGCUGCUUCAAGUGUACACAUGGAGGAUGCACGAUAAGUCCUUCGAAUUACAUUGCUCACGAGGGGAAGCUUUAUUGCAAGCAUCAUCAUAUUCAGCUGAUCAAGGAGAAAGGAAAUUUGAGUCAGCUUGAAGGAGGGGAUAAUGCCACUAAGGACAGAGUUGAGGCUGCUUGAAAAGAAAAAGAAGAGAAACAGUUUUCAAUCUCUCUGGAUGAUUUUGACCAUUAAAGAACUAAUAGUGUCACAUUUCAUCUGGAUGAUUUUGUUUCUCCUUAAACUUGCUUUUGUUGUUGUUUCUUUUAGAAACUUUGUUGUCUCUCUUAAGGUGAUCUGUUCACUAUUUGUUGAGUUUCUUGUUAUGAAACAAAACAAUUAGAGAAAUAAUGUAUGUUUGCUUAGGAGAAUAUACGUAUUACGUUUAAAUAAAUUCAAUAAUGUAUGUCUCUUCUCAAUCCAUGUUCUUCGC